UAAUCCAAAACACCGACCGGUUUACAUACAUCAGAAAAAACAUCUUCGCGCUGGAAAAGAGAUUUCGUCAUAAUUAGUCGCUCGUAACCUUCAUGGGAUACGUCUACGAAGAACCGAGUCAUGGAUCUUCAAGACAGCACUUUACAACGAUCUCACCGACUAGAUAGCAUGUCGGGUCUGUCCGUUUCCGGAAUGGGCCCUCCGCGACCCGAAAGAGACAAGGAGAGCAGGGAGAGGGAGCGAGAACGGAAGCGCGAAUGGGAGCGGAAGCGCCAGCAAGAACAGGGCGUGUCGAGCGACAGCGACAUCGACAGCUCAUUGGAGGACAACACCCGCCUCGUCGUCACCCCCAGCACCUCGCCGCUCGUACCGCGGGCGGGCGGAAGACCAGACCUCCCCCGGAGAGACGAUUCAGACAAGAGGAAAAAUUCCAAUUCCAGUCUCACCGCCGCUCUCGACAAAAGGUUAUCGCAGAUUGCCUCUCCAAACUUACAGCGUUCGGAUUCUGUGAAGUACUGCAGCGCGUCCAAUGGGAAGGCUCCGCGGUCGGCCGCUCAUCCAAUGGAACGCGGGACGGCCUCCCGACGCGUGCCAAGUUUGAAACUCAAACGACUAAACACCGCUCUGAAAACGCAACAACCGGACGCAACAACAUCACCAACAUCCCCCACCACCACCACCACCACCACCACAAUGCCCUGCCUCGUGCAGGGUACGAACGCCGUGAACCCUUCCAUCACCAUCACUCUCGAUUCGGACGACGAUUCCAUCUACAGCGACUACCUGAGUCCGGAGAUCAACUACCGCCACGACGUCAAGGUGCAGUUUCUAGGAGACGACACCAGCCUGUAUGGGACUCCAAAGGAGGAGUUGUUUCCAUCGUCGACGGAAAAUGUGAGCAUGGAUCAGAAGUCGAAGUCUAGUUCUUUCCUGAGGGAUCAGGUAUCCAACUUCUUUCAACCCUCUGAUAACAAAUUGGCCAUGAAGCUGUUUGGGAACAAGAACGCGUUGAUGAAAGAGAAGAUGAGACACAAAAGGGCUGGAAAUUGGGUUAUACAUCCAUGCAGUAAUUUCAGGUUUUACUGGGAUCUCUUCAUGCUAGUUCUUCUGAUAGCCAAUCUGAUCAUCCUUCCUAUAGCAAUAUCGUUUUUCAAUGACGACCUAAGUAUGCACUGGAUUGUCUUCAACUGUAUGUCAGAUACUGUUUUUUUUCUAGAUAUCGUCAUAAAUUUUAGAACAGGCAUUAUCCUGAAUGAUUUUGCAGAUGAAAUCAUCCUGGACCCCAAGCUGAUCGCCAAACACUAUAUGAAGUCGUGGUUCAUUCUCGAUCUUAUCAGCUCGGUUCCCGUCGAUUAUAUAUUUUUAAUGUGGGAUUCGGAGGCGAAUUUUUCGCAGUUGUUCCACGCAGGUCGUGCACUGCGAAUGCUUCGACUGGCAAAACUUCUCAGUUUGCUACGCCUCCUCCGACUAUCCCGACUCGUGCGCUACGUGCAGCAAUGGGAAGAGUUUUUAGCAAUAGCCGGCAAGUUUAUGCGGAUAUUCAAUCUAAUCUGUUUGAUGUUUCUGCUCGGUCACUGGAACGGGUGCCUCCAGUUUCUUGUGCCAAUGCUCCAGGACUUCCCCAAGGAUUGCUGGGUAUCCAUAGAGGAACUGCAGGAUGCUCAAUGGGCCCAGCAGUACACGUGGGCUUUAUUUAAAGCUUUAUCUCAUAUGCUAUGCAUCGGGUACGGGCGGUUUCCGCCACAGAACAUGUCAGAUACAUGGCUCACCAUACUGAGCAUGCUCAGUGGAGCCACCUGCUAUGCACUUUUCUUGGCUCACACGACUACCCUAAUACAGUCUUUCGACACUUCCAGGAGAUUAUACAAUGAAAAGUUUAAACAAGUGGAGGAGUACAUGAUAUGCCGGAAGUUAAACCGGAACUUGCGUCAACGAAUCACGGACUACUACGAACACCGCUACCAGGGCAAGAUGUUUGACGAGGACACCAUCCUCAGCGAACUCAACGAGUGCCUCCGACACGAGGUGAUAAACCACAACUGUCGCGCUCUGGUGGCGUCAGUGCCGUUCUUCACACACGCUGACCCCUCGUUCGUGUCCGAGGUCGUUAGCAAACUCCACUUUGAGGUGUUCCAGCCCGGAGACUACGUCAUCAAGGAGGGAACCAUGGGAACGAAGAUGUUCUUCAUACAGGAAGGGAUCGUCGACAUCGUCACGUCCGACGGAGAGGUCGCUACCAGUCUUUCAGAUGGGUCGUAUUUUGGAGAAAUCUGUCUUCUUACACACGCUAGACGUGUAGCCAGUGUCAGGGCGGAGACGUACUGCAAUCUCUAUUCACUGGCAGUGGAGCACUUCACGAGCGUCCUCGACCGGUACCCAGUCAUGAGGAGAACCAUGGAGAGCGUGGCGGCGGAACGCCUCAGCAAAAUCGGUAAAAACCCGAGCAUUGUGUCGAGCAGGGCCGAUCUGGAGGAGGACCAGAAACUAGUCAACGAAAUCGUCAUGGAGUCCACCCCCAUUCCGACUAGUGCCAGCGAUAACGACGAGGGCGACUCUGACGAAAGCUCAGACGGGUGCAAACCGAAAAAGAAAUUCAAGUUCGACUUCGCGACGAAGCUGCACAAGAUUUCCGAGGAGAAGAGAUCGAAGUCCAGAGAGAGUCUCCGAAACAAGGAUCUGAUAGACUUCGGAGAAGGUGGAAAGUCCGAGACAAAGAAGACGAAGCUUCACAAAGUCCCAUCUGGGCCUAACCUGUUCGGCCUGAAGGUGCCGUGGAUGCCGGAUAGAAAGAGAUCAGGGAGUGUGGGAGACUUCUCGCAAGGAGUUCCGAUUCGCGAGAGUCGGAUAGAAGAAGAAAAGAAUGAUACCAGUACGACUGGAGAGAAACGUCGCAGCAGCUUUCUAGAAAAGACAUUUCUGAAAGCCUUCGACCACAAGGAACAGAAAGCCUCGAAAUUAAAAGCACGCAAAACGUCCAGCUUUGAAGAUCCAUCAUCCUACCAUUCUGCCCUUACACGGCAGUUCUUGACUGUACCCGCAGAUUCUACUAAAGACAGUGCCAAAGAAACGAAAGAGUCUAGAGAUUUAAGACACAGAACUAAACCAGAUGAUGUGACAGUUAAAACAGAAAUGAAAUCUGUAGCUCCCAGUGAAUCGUUACCGUCCCCGACCGCAGAAAUUCAACCAUCACCCAUCAUCAAGGAGGGUGGGGCUUCAUCAGUCGUCCUUUCCGGUAUCUUAAGAACACCAAAAGAACCACUGUCUAACGCGUCUAGAGAGAUACCGAACGGUGAUAAAGAUGGUGGUGUACUACAAGAUAAAACUUUAUCAUCAGACUCUUCUGCACAUGUGAAUUUAGUUUCAGAAAUGUCGCCAUUGUCAGAUGGGAAACAUGAUUCUCCGUCAAAAACUGUUGUCCAUAUUAGCAAAUCGUCGCCAGUCCCAGCAGACCACAAGUCUGCCGCAGAUGAAACCCCGCAGCCAAAAUGGGCUGGUGGCCAACAUGUCACAAUAAGGACAGAGAUAACAAAGAGUGAUGAUUCUGAUGGCGUCACAUGAUACAAAUAAUAACGUUAAAGACAAUAUAUAUGUGACAAGCCUUUCAACCAGCGUCAUAGCGGAUGUUCUAAUUCGCGGUUUGAACUGAUAUCGUCAUUGUAGAUUUUGCUGAGAUUUGUUUGCAAAUUAAAUACUAAUUAAAAUCAA